AUGUCGACGACCAAGCCCAAGCUGACGUACUUUCCGCAUGCCGGUCGCGCCGGCGCCAUCCGCGACGUGCUGGCCGACGGAGGCGUCGAAUUUGACGACAUCCGCAUCCCAUUUCCAGAGUUUGCCGAGCUCAAGCCGUCGCUUCCCUACGGCUCCUUGCCCGUCCUCGAGAUCGACGGCACCGACUACGCCCAGUCGAACGCCAUCCUCCGCUACGCCGGCAAGCUGACCGGAGCCUACCCGGAGGACCCGGUCGCCGCCCUCAUGGUCGACGAGCUGCUCGACGCUACGGAGGACAUCGUCAACAUGCUCGCACCGUCGAUGCGCGAGAGCGACGAGGAGAAGAAGCUCGCCAUGCGCGCCGUCCUCAUGGCCGGCCCGCUGCCGACGGCGCUCGCGCUUCUGGAGAAGCGCAUCGCCCGCAACACCGCGUCGGUGUACGCUGUUGGCGCCGCCAAGACCGUCGCCGACUACAAGAUGAAGCUCCUGGUUGCUCUCCUCACCUCGGGCAAUGUCGAUGGCGUGCCCACGGACGUCAUCAACGCCGACUCGCACCCAGCUACCACUGCCCUUGUCGCCGCUAUGUCCUCGUAA